CAAGCAUCCAUUCUUAACCCCUCUAUCAAUCAAAGUCCAUGGAGCCAUUGUUUGUGCGCCCACUACUGUAUCUCAAAGGCCUGGCCAUGGCCUUCAUAGGUUCCAUCAUCUCUCUCCUCAUCUUCUACCACUUAUUGACCAGUCCUAAUGCCCUAGAAAACAAAGCCCUUGUCUUCCACAGUGCCCUAUCCAUUGGGUCACACGAGGCCUCUAGUGAACAUAUAGAAAUCCCACCAAGGACCCCUAUUGCAAGUGCCCCAUCUCUAGGCCCUCACAGGAUAGCCCCCACCAUACUAAAGCCUAAGGCUGUGCCAGGCGAGCAUGCAGAGCGCCAAGGUUCACCCAAGACAACAAGCCAAAGUUCACAUAAGGUAGGGACCCCAAGUUCCCCUAGGGUAGGUACCCUUGGUUCACAAGGGGUCCCUAGUAAUGAAGGUUCAUCAAUCAUAGAAAAGCAAAGUGCACAUAGGGUGAAGACCCUAGGUGAACAAGGGGCCUCCAGUGAAGACACAGGGACCCAAGGCGACUACGGGGCCUCUAGUAAAAUAUCAGGGACUCUAGGGAGGCUUAGAGGACCCAAAAUUGGGGCGCCUGGGUCACACACCGGCUUGAAUCCACCCUUCAUUUUGGUGUCUGGAGAGCGAUCGGGGCCUUGUGAGACUGUAAAUGGAUCUGUUGUGAUGGCCAAAUCUUACAAGAACAAGGUGGACUAUUGUAAUUGGCAUGGGUGCACAGUAUGGUACACUCUUGAAGUGUGGGAGGAGGGGUACACGGGGACAUGGGCUCGAUAUCCGUUGCUCCUCAGGCUCAUGAAGGCGAACCCAAGUGUGGCUUGGUUCAUGUGGAUGGACUCUGAUGCCAUAUUCACUGACUUUAGCUUUGAGAUACCUAUACAUGCUUAUGAUUCAUGGGGGAAGAAGAUGGUGGUGCCUGGCUUUUGGGAUAAGGUUUACAGAGAUGAUCCAGAUUGGGUGGGACUAAACGCUGGGGUUUUCCUGAUGAAAAAUUGCAAUUGGUCCCAUGAAUUCCUCAAGAAAUGGAUGAAAUUUGGGCACCCAAAAAACAAGGCAUCCUCAAAGAUCUCCAUCAACUCCAUGGUGAAGUCCAGGCCUCAGGAUUGGGACCCAGAUGACCAAAGUGCCCUCGUCUUCCUCCUAAAUUCUAACCGCACCGACUCGCAGGCGAACGUCUUCUUAGAGGCGAGCUACGAUCUCCACGGCUUCUGGGAGCUCGUCAUUGAUCAAUUGGUCGAGGGCAAAAAUGGGAAUCGAAGGCCACCUUUUGUCACUCAUUUUUGCGGGUGCAAAUUUUGUGGGGGGAGGGGGAGUGAGGUCCCACUCGUGUGUUUGGAUGGGUUCACACGUGCGUUUGGUUUCGCCGAUAAUCAAUUUCUGGCACGUGUGGCACUUAGGCACCCCAAUAUCACUUCUCCAGACCCUUUGCUGAGCCCUAUUUAACUCAAUCCAUGUGCUAUACUUCCCCGAAUUUAAUUUAUUUUUUGAUUUUCCACAUCAUCUUGAUGAGCAUAUUUAUAUCCA